AUGCCACCAGCUGGAGUUGCUGAUACUCCCGUUAAGGAUGCUGCUGCUAGCGAGAUUAAGCCAGAUCCGGAUUAUGAAUUUCGCCGUAAAGCUUUGGAUCUAGUUGAAGAUUGUCAAAAGCAUGACAGCGACAGUCAAGAAGACAAAAAGCACCGUGAAGAAACAAUUUUGCCAAAAAUUAAAGAACUUGUGAUUCAUAAUUUAAAUCACAAUGCUGAGAUUGAGGCUUGCGAUAUAUUGAUGGAAAUUGAGAGGAUUGAUCUUCUGAAAGAAAUGGCAAGAAACUAG